AUGGCUUCUGCUGACCCCAUCGUCGUUGUUGGCCGAGAAAAGGCGAUUCGCUCCAUCAUCGGCUUCGCGGUCCAUCUCGAGGCAGAACUUCCCGCGUCAAGAGACGGCGGCGCAGUCGACGUGCUGAUCGCAGAUCUGAGCCAGCAUCUCCAGGCGAUAGAGAACCUGUCACAGCAGCAGAUCCCCCCGGGCGGCAUGGCCAAGGACCUCGAAAGACAGGGAAGGGGCCUAUGGAACCUGUGCAUCCGGGUCAAGAGAGACAAGACCAAUGACGCAGCGCCGCCGCGAGACAGGGCCAGGCUGCUGGUGUCGGCGAGGGUCUUUGCCUAUCACAUGCUCGCGCUGGGCCGACUGGCAAGGGGGCACCGCAGACAUGAAGAGGCCGACGUCGUCUAUCUCCUGAACCUGGCCCUGACGCUGGCGAGAAUAUGCUUGGGCGAAUCCGAGUUGCGCUUCGCCAAGCUGGCGCUGCAAAAGGCCGCCGACUAUGUGGAGCGACUGAAGCCGCUGGUCGGCGCAGAUGGCCCCCUGGAUCUCUCGGGGGCCAGGCAACGUCUCCAGGCCGACUAUCUGACUUUGCGUGUGGCGCUGGACGAGUCGUGGAAAGAAGACCGCCUCGAUGUCGCCGAGCACAUGUACGGCAAGACGCACGCGCUUCGCAAGAGCCUCCCGGUGUCAUCGGCCGAAGCCAUGGCAGACACCUUGCAGCACAUUGGCGCCGACUCGUCCUCCAAGGGAAACCAUACCUUGGCUCUGCAAUGGUUGAAGAGGGCACAUGAUCUCAUCAACGGCCAAAGCUUGGAGCAACUUUCCGCGUACGGGCUGGAGCUCCGCCUGGCAAUCUGCCACGGACGUGUCCAGAGCUUGCUUGCACUGGGAUCUACAGAGAGCCUCCAAGAAGCGAGCAACCUCGUCGCCUACGUCGAGUCGGAAAUCGGCGACAAGCCUGUGGUGCUGCACUGGCGGCUGGAGAUACUCCAGAAGUCACCGGGCGAAGUUUUUGACGCGGAGGCUUGCACGAGCAUCUUGCGCCGCAUGAUUCGCUGCUUUGACCACUCCGACGAAACGUUUCGCUUCCUGUUGCACCAGAUAAAGGAGCUCAAAGACAGGAGCGAGCGUCUGGCGUGCGGGUUGCUCGAUGAAUUCACGAAGCUCCAUGUGCUGCCGUCUGCCAACGUGACAUGGAUCAACGAAGUCGUGGUGAAACGGAUCUGGAUGGCGACGACGCAAACAGACGAAGAGGCAUCGUUGAAGACCCUGCAUGGCUUGAUGGAAAAUGCGCAUGACGGUCUUUCGGGGCCGUUGAAACCGGAUGCGGCUGGAGCCGUUCACUCGCUCGUAUGGAAGAAGGCAGAGGCCCUAUUCGGCACCCAACAGUUUGCGACUGCGGAUGCGUGGUGCGAGCUUGCGCUUCACCAACUGUUCGCCAGCGGCGGCGAAGCCAACGCGGGAAAGAUUGGGAGAAAGCGGAUUCUCUGCGCUCUCAGGCUCAACGACGCGGAGAGGGCCAAGGAUGCCUAUCACAGUAUGCCCAAGGGCCCUCAAGAGGACGCACUGACGGGCUAUCUCAUGUUCAAGGUCUCUCUCCUGAGUUGGGACCAUGAGCUGGGGUGCCAGAGCAUCGCGCACCUCAGUAAGGUUUCGGACACGGCUCGAGGUCGAGACAUACUGUACGCUUGCGUGCGAGAAGCGCAGCAGUUUGGCGACAAACUUUGCACCCUGGCGGCACUCAAAGCAGUGGCCGAUAGCUGGGCCGUCGGAGGCCUCGUGUCAGACAGUCUUCCUGCUAUCCUGCGAUGCACGAUACGUCUGAUGCACAUGACUGAGGAAGAAGAAGACGCCCGAGAGGCCCUGACCGAGAAGCCUGACUUUACGGAAGACAUUUGUGAGGUUUUCAGCAAAGCGGCCGAGCAUGCCAAACAGCAUCCAAAGGACGAUCAAGGCCACAGGGUGUUUACGGUCCCAGAACUACACUGGUUUCGAAAGAAUGCCUACAAUGUUGGUGCAACGAACUGCCACACCUGGCCGCUGCCUCACACUAUCCGCGUCUUCAGCGCAUGUCUGUCUUUCAUUGACUGCUAUCCCAAGGACAUUCCGCAGGCGGACGCGGCGGAACUGGGGCUCAUGGGCAUGCGCUGCCACUUUGUCAUCGGCGCGGCGUUGAUCUCACUCGCGCGGGCCGAAGACAGGAUGGAUGAGCAACUGCAGCGGUACCUCGAGGCCAGACACCAUAUUACGGCGUUUGACGAUCUGAUGCAGGCUGGCGUUGGCACGAGCGACGAGGCGGUUGCCAAGGACGUGGCGGGUAAAAUGGCAACGCUCUCUGUCUUUGACUUUGAGAGCGCCGUUUGCCUCAAAGGAUGGGACGACUUGAGCCAUAUUGUCCGCAAGGCGAAGCCGUGCAAGGAUGAAGCCAUGUACAAGGCCAUGGGGGAUUGCCUUUUGAGGAGCCGCGCCCCUGGAAAAGUCAUGUACGCGACCAUGCGGCUCAUCAUCAACGAGAUUUAUGAGCUACAGGACUUUGACGGGGAGAAGCUGGCCAAGUACAUUCGCUGCAUGGUGCAGGCCAUGCUGCCCCUCGACGACGCGCUCGCCCUCCAGCUUAUCGACCAAGCGCUGCAGAUUGCCCGUGAGGGCCACCAGGUCGGCAGGCCCUUUCCGGGCGCGGAGCUCGAGUGGCUCGUCGCCACGGCCUUUAACCACGCCGUCGACUUUUACGCCCGCGCCGAGGAGCAGCCCUGCCACCGGUGGGCCCUCAAGGCCAUGGCCCUCGCCGAGUACGCCGACGACGGCGGCUCGCUGGCGGUCCUGCUGCGUGACAGGUUUGCCAGGCUGCGGUUCGAGCAGGGUUCUGCUGCAGGUCGGACGGGGUGA